GUUCCCAGGAAUCAUAGGAAUCCAUGGUACGAUAACGUUGAAGAAUUUAGAAAAUAACCUAGGGUUGAUACCCAUGAAAUUAGGGACCGCCAAAAUUACAAAAAAUUGUCACUCAAUACUGUAUUUUUACGACGUCAAUUUAAUAAUCACUGAAGUUAAUGACCUUAAGAAAAAAACUGAAAAUGUUGCGAAAUUAACCAGGAAAUAUAUUGAGCACUAUAAACACUCAGCAAAUUACCUCAAUGUUUUGUAUUUCUUAGAAAGAAAAGUAGACGGAAAGCUAAAUGACAUUUUUCCCUCUACUUACGAAACUGUUCCAUCAUUCUCUGUUAGAAUAAAAAGGGGAUUAAUAAACGGCUUAGGUUCAAUUUUCAAAGCAAUCACAGGAAACCUGGAUGCUUCAGAUGGUGAAAAAUUCGAGUCUCUAAUAAGCGAUUUGCAGAAUGAUCAAAACAAGUUAUCAGAAGCUAUCAAUAGUCAGAAUACCUUAUCUGUCGAACUUAUCGAUAAUUUCAAUAAAACUGGUCUGUUCAAAGUAGUCAUCCCUUCUGGAAAAUAUCUUGUAAAGAAUGAGUUGUACUUCGCUUUUGCGGGAGACGCAUGCACGGAAACGGUCACAAAACAGUACGUUUGCAAAGAACUAGAUUUAAGAAGAAUCAAAGAAUCCAAUCCCUGUGAAGUUCAACUCCUGGUACAAAAAACUCCCACUACCUGCCGAGAAGUAGAAGCCGUAAUCACAGAGCCAGUAAUGAAGAAACUGCAUGAUUUCGGACAAUGGAUCUUGCUUAUAUCCAAUGAAACCACCAUUACAUUAAGCUGUCAAGAAGGCCAAGAAACAGUCAAAGUUUUGGGAUCCUACUUAGCCGAAAUUCCAGUCGGUUGUACACUGGAACUAAAUCAAGAGCCUAUAUCGAUUGGAAGUCAGCCAAUUAUUUUUCCAAAUAUAGAUAGCAAUACUACAAUGCUACCAAGCCGAAUGACUUCAGCCUUCAUCUAG